GAGUUUAAUUAGUGCAGAGAGCAUGUGGAGCACCAGUAUAGCUACAUUCACUUCACAGCACAAAGCUCUGGUCUACAGUACAAUCCUCAAAGGCAGCUGUGGACAAGUCAAACAUGGUGUAUGGACUGUCUUUAAGGGUUUCUUGGAUCUCUCUGCUGUUGUUUAGCAAUAGUGCUUGUUUUCCUGCACCAAAGGACUACAGAUACGCCUACACUGCUACCUGGGGCUCCGGUGGUGGAACUGCUCCUGAAUCAAACAUUCAGUCUAAAGGCUCACGUCCUCCUCUGGUGAACCUGCAGUAUGGCCCAUCUGCUAAUUAUCAGCACCCUGAGGCAGACCCCCAACAGGCCAGCUCUCCCACUGGAAACCAAUCCCCAUCCAGAGUAAGAGCUCCCAGUGUAGCUGCAGGCUUGUCACCAAGUUAUGAGCCAAACAGUUUUAUUGUGAGUUAUGAUUCCAGCUCUAACAAACCCGCCAGUACUCUUUCCCAGGAUGCAGGGUAUUUCAGCCCUACUGCUCGUCCUCUUCUACCUACCGGCACUAGGAAGAAGACUCCUAGCUUCUCUGUGCAGUCUCAAUAUGUUGCUGGUACCAGUGGAAACGCCAAUAUGGAUUCAAGUGAGUCAGCAUCUGACCCAGUCUACCAGGCUUCUCCAGCAUACCCUGCUGGUGGGGACAUGGACACAACCUUGGACUUUGGUGCUGGACCUGUUCCUUACAACGGUGCUCCUGCAACCUACACCUAUAAUGCUGGAUCUUAUCCUUAUGCCAACAAGCACCCUGCAACACAAGGCACUGAACAAAGAAGUCUUAACACAGCUGCCACAGGCUGGCUUGAUGACAGAUCUUUUCCCUAUGGCGAGGCUCCUACAAGCUUCAGGUUUGGUGCUGAAACUUACGCUACCGCUCCUGUAACCUACAACUUUGGUGAUGGAGCUGCUUCCCAGGGUGCAGGGUAUGUCAGCCCUACUGCUCAUCCUCUUCCACGUACCGGCACUCCAAGCUUCUCUUUGCAGUCUCAGUCUGUUGCUGGAACCAGUGGAAACUCAAAUAUGGAUUCAAGUGUGGCAGCAUCUGCUGCUGGGAACAUAGUCACAACCUUGGACUUAGGUGAUGGACCUGUUUCUUACAUCAGUGCUCCUGCAACCUACACCCAUAAUGCUGGAUCGUAUCCUUAUGCCAACAAGCACCCUGCAACACAAGGUGGUCAAGCAGGUCGUAACACAGCUACCCCCGGUAAGCUUUAUGAUGGACCUGUUUCCUACUGGUAUCCUUACGCUGCCACUCCUGCAACCUACAACUCUGGUGAUGGCGCUGCUUCCCAGGGUGUAGGGUACAUCAGGCCUACUACUCAUACUCUUCCACGCACUGGGAAGAAGACUCCUAGCUUCUCUGUGCAGUCUCAGUUUGUUGCUGGUACCAGUGGAAAUUCCCAAAUGGGUUUUGGUGGGGGGGCAUCAGGCCCAGUCUAUCGGGCUUCUCCAGCAUACCCUGCUGCUGGGAACAUGGCUACAACCUUGGACUUUGAUGGACCUGUUCCUUACAUCGGUGCUCCUGCAACCUACACCUAUAAUGCUGGAUCUUAUCCUUAUGCCAAUAAGCACCCUGCAACACAAGGCGGUCAAACAAGUCGUAACACAGCUGCUAACGGUGGGCUAGAGGGACCUAUUCCUUACGGCAGUGCUCCUACAAGCUUCAGGUUUGGUGUUGCACCUUUUCCUAACCCUGCUCCUGCAACCUCCAACUAUGUAGACGGCGCUGGUUCUGCCCCUGGCCUUCCUUGGGCCUUGCAGCCUGAAGAGGAAACUGACUCCUUGUUUCCAGACUUUGACAUCUCUGCAUUUGAGUCUCAGACGCUGCUGAGCGAGAGUGAGAUCCCUCUGCCGCCACCUUCAUCCUACAUAAUCCCAUCCAGAAAUGGCUACCAGCAAGCACUAGAAGCCCUUUCCCCCAGUAAGCACUCCCCAGAGUACUCUGAGCCACCAGUCUUUGCCUCCAAGACUCCACCAGUGAUUGAGUCCAAGGGAGUAAAGAACAUCCAAUGAGGUGAACUUGAUGACUGUGAGCUUCAGCCUUCCUGGAACUGUUUACAUGUUUGAAAGUCUUAAAAGAUUAAUAAAAAAAAAUCUGACCAUGA